ACCCCAGCCCUCUGCCGGGUCACGGAGCCGUGGUGUGAGCUGGAAGGGACCCACGAGGAUCAUCAGUGUCCCCCUGUCCCUGCACAGCAUCGCCCCCGCGAUGGAGCCGGCUCCGGACGUGAAGAGGAAUAGUUUCCCCAGCAUGAACUUUGAAGCAGAGAUUCUGACAACUCCACACGAUAAUUCAGAGCUCUACAUGAUCCCUUCCAUGAGAAGCCUCACGGCUGAGGAGUAUGUGGAGGCCUUUAAGUCAUUCUUGGAUCACUCAACAGAGCACCAGUGCAUGGAUGAGUUCAACAGGGAACAAAUGCCCAACAUCAUGGCUGGUCUUGGCAUUGGAAAAUCGACCAUCAACGUUCUGGGAGUUGGGAGUGGCACAGGUGAGCAGGAUUUGAAAAUGAUCAGGAUACUGCAGGCUGUGCACCCAGGGGUCUUUAUUGACAAUGAGAUUGUGGAGCCCAACCCACAGCACGUGGCAGCUUACAAAGAGCUGGUGAAUCAAGCUCCAGACCUGCAGAAUGUUUCUUUUAUUUGGCACCAACUCACUUCCUUAGAGUAUGAACAGCAGGUGAAGGAGAAAGGCACACAUAAGAAAUUUGACUUCAUCCAUAUGAUCCAGAUGCUGUACCGUGUGGAGGAUAUUCCCAAUACUAUCAAAUUUUUCCACAGCUGCCUCGACCAUCACGGUAAACUCCUGAUCAUAAUUUUAUCAGACAGCAGCGGGUGGGCCAGCCUGUGGAAGAAGCACAGGGACUGCCUGCCCUCCACGGACAGCGGGCACUACAUCACCUGCGGCGGCAUCACCGAGGUGCUGCGGCGGCUCGGGGCUCAGCACCGCGUCUACGAGCUGCCCUCGGGCUGGGACAUCACCGAGUGCUUCACCGAGGGGGACGCGCUGGGAGGACUGAUGAUGGAUUUCCUGACCGGGACGAAAAACUUCCUGGGCACGGCGCCGGCGGCGCUGCGGCGGCGGCUGCGGGAUGCUCUGUGCCAGCCCGAGUGCAGCAGCACCAGGGACGGCAGGGUCAUCUUCUGCAACAACCUCAGCAUGAUCGUCGUGGAGUCCUAGAGCCCCGAACCCCCCUGGACUUGUUUUUUAACACUGUGCAUCCUGCCUGUGCUUUCACUGGGACUCCCA